AUGGAGAUUAACCUCGAGCCUCUGCUGAAGCUCGAGCAAGCGAUGAAGAAGUGGAAGAUCAUGCACAUCGAGGGUUUAAAACACCUGCGUCUGAUCCCCGACCUGUUCGACGCCGCGUCCGGGACGAAAGACGAGGACGCGAGCGAGCACCAGAACGGCGUCCUCGGCCGCGUGAUGAACACCGCGCCGUCGCCGCGUCUGCGAGAGUUCGUGUUGAACGGGUUGCGGCACCCGAGCGAGGUCGAGGCGGCGCCGGAGAAGCUCACGGACGCGAUCGAGGGCGUGCUCGCGGAGGCCGCGAAGGCGAUUCACAUCUACUUCGAGGCGGCGGACCUUCUGGACGAGUUUAAAGCCGCCGUCGCCGUCGACGCCGCGGAGGGCGGCGCCGCGGCUUUCGCGCCGGCGGACGCCCUUUUCCGCGACGCCGACGCCGACGCCGACGACGCCGACGCCGACGCCGACGCCGCGUCGGGCAGGAGGCACUGGAUCGAUGACGUCCCCGGGAGCGUCCUCCUCGCGCGCGUGCCGUGGGGCGCGAAUCGCACGAUAGAGGAGUGGCUGUGGCUGUGCGUCGCGGUGCUCGAACAGAUCGAGAGCGAGGUUGAGGUGAAGGAGGCGGUGGCGUCGUACCUGUCGCAGCAGCCGUUCGCGGGCGGCGACUCGCUCGAGGACGAGGGCGUCGCGGAGGCGCUCGAGCGAGGGAAGAUAGAGGGGUGCGCGGAGGUGUGGGAGCUGGAGCCGUACUUAGAUAACAAGCUGUUCGAGUCGAUGAUCGACGGCGGGGCGUCGCACGAGUGAGCGACGGCGGAGGGAGAGGCUAGGAGAGGAGGCGGCGCGCGAGCGAAAUAAACUUUCGUCCCGUC